CCUCACUCAGCAACCCAUAUCGUUCGGGCAAGCCGCUGUACACUCCAGCCACCGCAAUACGCACUUUCAACAGGGACAUUUCCUGAUGUCUGCUGCACCGCACUCGCAACUGCAGAGGUUGAGGCCCCAUGUCGCUCACGGGCGGGGAUUCACAGACGUCGCGUUCUCCGCAGACGGAAGCAAAAUCCUAACUAUCGGAGACGACGCCAACCUCCGUAUCGUGCCCACCACGUCCGUCCGAGACGGGGACGACGGCGACGACGACGAUGCAGCGAUUGAAAUUACGGAGCACUCGGGAGCUUUGACAUGUCUGGACGUGCUAGGCAACCUCGGCGCCACAGGCUCAGAAGACCAGUCCGUGCACCUGUACGACCUUCAAAACGACACCGCCCGACACCUCAAACUCCUCUUCCGCACUACCCUCACCGUGCGCGACGUCGCCCUCCGACCCGGCCAACACGGCCCGCGCAAAUCCCGCCAGAUCGCCAUCGCCUCCGACGAGCUCGACAUCCGCGUCGUCGACAUUGACGAAAUCACACACGUCGUCACAAUCAAAGGCCACAAACGCGGGCUCAAAUCCCUCGCGUGGGAUCCAAAGGGGGAGUUCCUCGUCUCGGCGGGGUCGGACGGGGAGCUGAUGGUAUGGGAUAUGCGUGGUGAGAAGCCGAGGCUUGAGCGGACGUUGCGGAAUCUGAUCGCGGAGUCGGAUCCGGAGACGAAUGAGUUGUGUAGGAUUGCGUGGCAAAGUUCUGGGAACCGGUUUGCGGUUCCGGGGAAGGGGGGCGAGAUUGCGGUUGUGGAGGCGGGGACGUGGAGGCAUUUGUAUAGUUUUAAGGAGGAGAAUAGGAGUGAUUGUGUGGCGGGUGUAGCGUGGUCUGGGAGUGGGAGUUAUUUGGUGUCGGUGAAUGUCAAGGGGAGGGUGUGUAUUUGGAGGAGCGAUGGGGAUCGGAAGGUGCCGCUUGUCAGCGAUCAGGGGAAAGCACGGGUCACGGGCGUCUCCUGGAACCCCAAGGCGCACGACCUAUGUUUAACAGACGAGCUUGGCCGAUUGUUCUACUGGCCAUCAGCAGUCCCCGCCUCCGAGCAAGACAAGCGCCAACUCGAAAGUCUCUUCGCCGAAGAAGCUCACCCAAUGGACGUAGACCGCCCUGCCAAGACACCGGGCCCAAACGCACCCCUACCUGAUCUUGCAGACUACAACGCCGAACUCUUAGCGGACCUGGAGGACGACGAUGAAGCUGGCGACGCGGAGAACGCGGACGAUUUCGUCGAAGAUGAUGAUGGCGCGGGCUAUGCCGACCCUUUAGACAAGCCGGGCCAGUUGCGUCGAUACCACGAGAAAGGGCGACAAAAGGUCAUCCAAGACCUACACAGGGAGUACGGAUCCCGCAACUUCGACAUCACCACCACAGACGAGCAAGAACCUUUCCAACCCGGCGCAACACCCACCCAGAAAGACCGGCGCUACCUCGCCUUCAACAUGGUUGGCGUAAUCUACACCAUCGACGCCUCGACGCACCACAACGUCAACGUCGAGUUCCAUGACCGCGCGGUCCGCCCGUUCCAUUUCACGGAUUAUCAUAGCUACAGCAUGGCGGCGCUGGCGGCCUCUGGAGCCUGUUUUGCGAGCGAGGCGACGGCCACGAAUAGAAGCACGGUUUUUUUCCGACCGUUGGAUACGUGGGCUACGAAGGCGGAUUGGACGGUGCAUUUGGGGGAGACGGAAAGUGUUGAAGCGGUCGCGAUCACGGGCAAAGGACCGGUCGUGGCCACCAGCACAAAGUACCUCCGCUUCUUCUCGUACAGCGGUCUGCAGACCAACGUCGUGUCCAUCCCUGGGAGGAUCGUCACGUUGGCGGCACAGGGCGAGCGGCUGAUGAUUGUGUACCAUGCGGGAGCCGCUUAUCACAGUGAUCAAAAUCUAGCCUACAUGCUCUACGACGUCAGCUCGCGAACAACAAUACAACGGGCGCCGUUGCCGCUAUCAUCCGGCACGACCUUGAUCUGGGCGUCUAUUUCCGAACUCGGGAUCCCAGUAACCUACGACUCCUCCGGCGUCCUCCGCGCCCUCUUCCAGCACUCUGACUACGCAUGGGUGCCCGUGCUGGACUCGCGGAUCCUGCGGGGGGAGAAACAGGAGUGGUAUUGGCCUGUGGAGGUGUUGGAGGAUAAGUUGAUGUGUGUUACGCUUAAGGCUGGAGACAAGUUCCCGGGCUUCCCGCGGCCCCUGAUGAGCGACGUGCCGCUGCAGGCGCCGUUCUUGGAGAUGGAGGCGCCGAAUACCGGUGUUCAGGAAGAGAAGAUCUUCCGCGAAAGCCUCAUGGCGGCACAUCACCGCGGGGAAGCCCUCGCGGCGGGCGAGGCGGAAAGUCGCGAACGGGAGAUGCUGAAGCGGGAUGUGGAGAUUGAUAAAGUGCUUGUGCAGCUUAUUCUCGCAUCCUGCAAAUCCGAAAAAGUGCAACGCGCCCUCGACCUCUGCUCCACCCUCCAGACCAUCAAAGCCAUCGACGGCGCGAUCAAGAUCGCGGUCAUGAACCACCUCCCGGGCCUCGCGGAGCGGAUGAAUCUGAUCAAAGAGGGCCGGUUGCGCGAGAAGCAGGAGAAGGAGGAACUACGGUCAUACGGCGGCGGCGGCGGUGGUGGUGGGGCGGUAGUGGAGCAGCCGCGUCCCACGGGACGGACACGGACGACUUCCGGCGGUGGCGAUCGGAGCAGCAGACCGACCCGGGCUGACUCCUCCGACGUCGACCCCAUCGGGCCCACACGCCACGACGGACCGGGACCGGACCCCCACCCUUUGCGCGACCACCAACAGGAGCAGCAGCAACGCCGCGCUAAACCGAAAGCGGCGCCGAGGGUGCGGAACCCGUUCGCGGUGGCCGAUACAGCAGCCGAGGCGGCAGCUGGGAGCCCCGCCCGCGUCGCCGGCCGUGCGAGCCCGAUCAGGGCAGGCCAUCAUAACGCCAGGAACCUGUUUGAGGCGUUGCGGGAGGUUACGACGACGGCGGCGGCGGCGGCGGCCGGGGCCGAGGGUGUGAAUGGGAAAGCGGAGGUGGCGGGCGGCGUGAAGAGGAAACAUAACCAGAUGACGUUGUUGGGGUCGUUGAAGAGGGGGGGUGGUGGUGAAGGUGGGGCGACGAAGGAAGCGGGAUCGGGUUCUGAGACGGUGGAGGGCGGCGGGGACGGGGAGACGGAGCAGGCGGUGAAGAAGACGCGGACGGACCCUGAGGACGAGGAUUUGGAGCCUACGCUGGUGGUUAUGGACGAGCCUGUGGCUGUGACGAUGGAGGUUGAGGAUGAGGGGGUGGGGGAUAAGGAGAAUGGGGAGGGUGGUGAGCCGGUGGAGGCUCCGCCGGGUAAGGUAGGGCUGGAGAAGUUCAAGUUUGUGGCUUCGGUUGCGAAGUAGGGGGUUUGAGGAAGUAUGUUAGCAUUGCAAAGGCGUAGGA